UUCAUUUCAUUAACCUAAUCGCCCGAAAUCCCACAAUUGGUGACCCCGACGUGAUUGUCGUAAAAAGUGCGUAAAAGAACAUCUCGGUAACCUCAAAAUCGACACGUGGUAAAAAAAAAGGGAAAAAAUUUCGAUCACGAUGACCGAACGAACACCACUGCCGAACAGGAAUAAAACAGAAACCGGAGGAAAUAGUGAGGACGAAGAAAGCGUAAAAGAUACAGAUUUCACCGACUGCGUCGACGAUGCAGCGUCCACUUCGCACAAUACAGAAAAGGUAGGACAAGGGCGAAGCCAAAUAGGUGAUAUGGCUGGAUUGCUGAGCGAGAACGUGAUUUCCGCUAUAAGCAAAGUGCAACUCUCGACGUUCCGUCCAGACAGACCAGAUCUGUGGUUCUUUAUUGUCGAAUCUGAUUUUGCGGCAUCAAGGAUCACAAGAGAUGAUACAAAAUAUAUAGCGGUACUGAAAGCGCUCGAUUCGCACAUGCUGGAUGAAAUCUCAGACGUCGUACUAAAUCCCCCAGCCCGAGAUAAAUACAACCAUCUCAAAAAGGUAAUCAUUCAACGCUUCUCGAAAUCAAAGGAACGGCAAUUAUCAAAACUGCUGAACGAUGCCACGCUUGGAAAUAAGAAGCCAUCGCAAUUGCUAAGAGAAAUGAGAGAGCUCGCAGGAGGUGGACUGAGCGAAGACGUUCUACACUCCCUGUGGCUGAUGCGAAUGCCUACAAAUAUGCAACCGAUGCUAAUGAUGUCGAACAACAUAGAUCUCAAUGGGCUCGCAGAAAUGGCGGACAGGGUCCUGGAUACCACAAGUUUCUCACAGGUCAUGGCGACAACAACGGUGCCACCAAAGAGUCAGCGAAACUGCAGCGACUGCUCUACACUGGCCGAAGAGGUACAAGAGUUGAGACAAAUGGUCGCCCAACUUCUAAAAAAUUCACAACUGGGUCAACAAAGCAAAGAUGGAAACAACAACUCCAGCAAUAACAAUCAACAAGGAAAUCAAAGGAGAUCAAGAUCAAGAUCGUUCAAACCGCACCGUAAUGGGAUUUGCUUCUACCAUCAAAGAUAUGGUGAUGUAUCAUACAAAUGUAUUCGACCGUGCAGCUACAAACCCAAAACGAACCAGGGAAACUAGCUCGGCUGUCACCAGUACGGGCACUCGGUGACAGCGACGUCGACAACAAUAACGUUUCACCGCCUGAACUUCGACUGAAUGUUUAUGACAGCAAUACUCGUCUGACGUUCCUUGUUGAUUGCGGGUCGUCAGUAUCAGUAAUCCCAAUCAGAGUAUUGAAACAGUAAUCAACAAAAUGCGGAAAGAACCUCUACCCUGCAAACCGGACGGCAAUUAAAACUUACGGGGAGCAGGUGAUCCUAGUAAAUUUGGGAUUAAGAAGAGAAUUCCGUUGACCAUUUAUAAUUGCAGACAUCCAAUCACCAAUAAUUGGGGCCGAUUUAAUCGCAUAUUACGGAAUAUUAAUAGAUCUAAAAAACCAAAGAUUAGUGGACCCAAAAACUUCAGUAACAUCUCAAGGAACCAUCGCUGAGACUUCAGUAUAUAAUAUCUCGACUGUCAACAAGGAGGGUGAGUACACCGAUUUGUUGAAUAUGUAUCUGGACGCAAGCAAGCCAGCGAGAGUUACAUGUGUAAAAACUGGCGAAAACAAGGUUGAACAUCAUAUACAAACAACGGGACCUCCGGUCGCUCAACGGCCUAGGAGAGUAGUUGGGGAAAAACUUAAAGCUCUUCGGGAUGAAAUAGCAUAUUUACUCGAGCAAAACAUGAUUAGGCCAUCCAAUAGCGAAUGGACCAGUCCAGUACAUCUGCAACCAAAACCAGCAGGGGGUUGGAGAUUGUGCGGAGAUUUUCGUGGUCUUAAUGCAAUUACUGUUCCAGAUCAAUACCCGACAGGACACAGUCACGAUCUAUUUCAGGCGUUACACGGAAAAAAAGUCUUCUCAAAGCUCGAUCUCACCAGGGCGUAUCACCAGAUCCCGAGGGCCAGCGAGGAUAUAAAAAAGACAGCAAUAACAACGCCAAUAGGAUCAUUCGAAUUCCUGGUGAUGCAAUUUGGGUUGCGAAACGCAUCCCAAACUUUCCAAAGACACAUGGACACAAUAUUCAGAGAUCUCGACUUCGUAAUCAUCUACAUAGACGACAUAUUGGUAAGACUGAACUAAUCUUCCAAGGAUACGAGAUCGACAAGAACGGAUACAAACCGCCAAACGAACGAGUCACAGCCAUCGCCGAGUUUCCAAAGCCCGAGACAAUCAUGGAAUUACGCAGAUUCUUGGGACUCAUCAAUUAUUACCGUCGAUGCAUCCCAAAUGCCGCGAAAGUACAGGCGCCGCUUAAUGAAUAUUUAAAAAAUUCAAAAAAAAAUGACAAGAGAAAAAUAGAGUGGACCGAUGAAGCAGAAAAGGCGUUCGAGGAUUGUAAGCGAAGUAUCAUAACGGCAACUCUGACUCGAUUCUUAUCGCCAGACUCGCCACUCACCCUGACGACAGAUGCGUCGGACACUGCUAUUGGCGCUACGGUGGAGCAAAAAGAAGAUGGAGAAUGGGCACCAGUCGGAUUUUUCUCAAGAAAAUUGAACGCAACUCAACGGAACUACAGUACAUACGACAGGAAACUGCUAGCGAUCUACGAGGCAAUAAAGUUCUUUCGCCAUAUUCUAGACGGCAGGAAUUUUGUUGUUCGCACCGAUCACAAGCCAUUAACAUUCGCAUUCAAACAAAAAGCGAAAAAGCUAUCACAACGCAUAAUACGUCAGCUCGAUUACAUAUCCCAAUUCACAACAGAG